UCUCAAGCGCCACUUGCUUUAAAAUCCACUCAUUCAUACCAAAACCAUAAAAUUACACCCCAAAAAAUCCCUCCCCUGACAUUUGCCUCAGGUUAAAACCAUAUAAUCAGCAUAACAGACCUGGUCUAUCCCGAAAUUGAAAACCGAAACCCCCAAAAACUCCCUUAAUUUACGAAAAUGUCAAGCGAUAGCGACGAUGACGACGAGCUUCUCCAGAUGGCGUUAAAGGAACAAGCUCAACGCGAUCUCAACUACCAGGGACCGUCGUCGAAUCAGCGCAAGCCGGUGGUCAAUUUCGUCCAGCAACCGAGGCAACGGCCUCCACCGCAGAGGCCGGCUUCGACGACGAACAUGGCGAAUCAGCCGCAGCAGCCGAAGAACAGGAGAGCGGUGGAGGAGGAGGAUGAUUCGGAGGUGGAAAUGCUGAGCAUAUCGAGCGGAGAUGAGGAGGUUAGUAAGGAUCGUGGCGGUGAAGGAGGUGCGGCAGCGAGAGGGAGAGCUGGACGUGGCAGCGGAGGGAGGGAGGAGGAGAGUGGGUGGGAUGGAGAAGAGCCUGAUUGUUGGAAAAGAGUUGAUGAAGCUGAGCUUUCUCGUAGGGUUCGUGACAUGCGAGAGUCGAGAACUGCACCAGCGGCUCAAAAGUUUGAGCGGAAGCCUUCGGCAGUGGUUAGAAAGGGGCUUAUCACUCUGCAAUCAUUUCCCCGUGGCAUGGAAUGCAUUGAUCCACUUGGGUUAGGGAUUAUAGAUAACAAAUCAUUGAGGUUGAUCGCUGAUUCAUCAGAAAGCUCUCCAUCAAAAUCUGAUAAAGAUCAUUUGCACAAUAACCUUCGUGAGAAGCUGUUGUAUUUCUCUGAAAACUUUGACUCAAAGCUAUUCCUAUCCCGAAUACAUCAAGAUACAAGCGCAGCAGACUUGGAGGCUGGCACACUUGCUUUGAAAACUGAUCUCAAAGGACGGACUCAACAGAGAAAACAGUUGGUUAAAGACAAUUUUGACUGCUUUGUCUCUUGCAAGACUACAAUUGAUGAUAUAGAAUCAAAACUGAGACGGAUUGAAGAAGAUCCUGAAGGUUCUGGGACUUCUCACCUGUUUAACUGCAUGCAAGGAGUAAGCUUGCUGGCCAAUCGUGCUUUUGAGCCUCUAUUUGAGAGACAGGCCCAAACUGAGAAGAUAAGAUCCGUGCAAGGAAUGCUUCAGAGAUUCCGAACACUGUUUAACUUGCCUAGUACAAUUCGUGGGAGCAUUGGUAAGGGCGAAUAUGACUUGGCGGUUAGGGAAUACAAGAAGGCGAAGUCAAUUGCUCUACCCUCUCACGUAAACAUACUAAAACGUGUUCUUGAAGAGGUUGAAAAGGUGGUAAAUGAGUUCAAAGGCACACUUUACAAGUCUAUGGAAGAUCCACAAAUAGAUCUUACAAAUCUUGAGAACACAGUGAGACUGUUGUUGGAGCUGGACCCUGAGUCGGAUCCUGUGUGGCAUUAUUUUAAUGUGCAGAAUCACAGAAUUCGAGGAUUGCUUGAGAAGUGCACCUUAGAUCAAGAAGCAAGAAUGGAAACUUUGCAUAAUGAGAUGCGUGAAAGAGCUUUCUCUGAUGCAAAGUGGAGGCAAAUUCAACAAAAUCUGAAUCAAUCUUCAGAUGUCAACUAUUCUCUCACCCUGGGGAACAUCCCUCUGUCAGUAGAUUCCCAGCCAGUUGAUUUGACUGGUGAAGAAGUUGAUGCUCUUAGAGGAAAGUUUAUCAGAAGGUUGACUGCUGUGAUUACACAUCACAUACCAGCUUUUUGGAAAGUUGCUCUCUCUGUUUUCAGUGGGAAAUUUGCAAAGUCUUCCCAAGUUUCUGCUGAAUCAAAUGUUAAUGCUUCAGCAACUAAAAGCGAGGAAAAGAUUGGAGAUGGGAGGUACUCUAAUCAUUCUCUCGAUGAAGUUGCUGGUAUGAUACGAGGUACCAUAUCUGCAUAUGAAACUAAGGUUCAUAACACUUUCCGUGAUCUUGAAGAAUCAAACAUUCUCCGGUCUUACAUGAGUGAUGCUAUAAAGGAAAUAUCUAAGGCCUGCCAAGCUUUCGAAGUGAAAGAAUCAGCUCCAUCUAAUGCUGUGAUGGCACUUAGAACCCUUCAGGCAGAGAUGACAAAGAUUUACAUACUUAGGCUUUGCUCUUGGAUGCGGACAACGGCAGAAGAGAUAUCAAAAGAAGAAACUUGGAUUCCAGUAUAUAUUCUUGAAAGAAAUAAAUCUCCAUACACAAUUUCUUUCUUGCCUCUAGCGUUCCGCUCAGUUAUUGCCUCUGCAAUGGAUCAAACCAGUCAAAUGAUUCAGUCCUUGAGGAGCGAGGCUGGAAAGUCAGAAGAUAUGUUUGCACUGCUACAAGAAAUUGAAGAAUCUGUCCGACUUACCUUCUUAAACUGUUUCCUCGAUUUUGCUGGCCAUUUGGAACAAAUUGGAAGUGAGCCUGCCCUUAACAAAUCAAGCAAAGAAAGUUUGCAUUUACAGAAUGGGUAUUCUCAUGAAUCAGAAGAAAAAUCAUCAUCUGAUCUCGAAGGUAGUAUUGUUGAUUCACAUCAACAAUUGCUGUUAGUUUUGAGUAAUAUUGGAUACUGCAAAGACGAACUUUCAUAUGAGUUGUUCAACAAGUAUAAAAUGAUAUGGUCGCAGUCCAGGGGAAAGGAUGAAGAGGACAGUGAUAUUCAGGAUCUAGUGAUGUCUUUCUCUGGACUUGAAGAGAAGGUCCUUGCUCAGUAUACUUUUGCAAAGGCAAAUUUGAUCAGAACAGCAGCUAUGGAUUAUUUGCUGAACUCUGGUGUUCAAUGGGGAGCAGCUCCUGCAGUUAAAGGUGUGCGUGAUGCGGCGGUGGAGUUAUUACACACUUUAGUAGCUGUGCAUUCAGAGGUUUUUGCUUGUGCUAAACCCCUCCUGGACAAGACACUUGGCAUUCUAGUUGAAGGUCUUAUCGAUACUUUUCUGAGCCUUUAUGAUGAAAACAAAAGCAAAGAUCUUAGGUCUCUUGAUGCAAAUGGCUUCUGUCAGCUCAUGUUCGAGCUGGAAUAUUUCGAGACCAUAUUAAAUCCCUAUCUCACACCUGAUGCAAGGGAGUCUCUUAAGUCCUUACAAGGGGUGCUGUUGGAGAAAGCCACUGAGAAUGUCACCGAAACUGUUGAGAAUCCAGGUCAUCAACGCAAAACAACUCGUGGGAGCGAAGAUGCACUUGCAGAUGAUAGGCAGCAAGGAAUGACCGUGUCUCCAGAUGACUUGAUUGCUCUUGCUCAGCAGUGUAGCUCUGAGUUGCUUCAAUCAGAGCUUGAGAGGACUCGUAUCAAUACAGCAUGUUUUGUUGAGUCGAUUCCCUUGGACUCGGUACCAGAAUCAGCUAAAGCUGCCUAUUCCUAUAGAGGAUCAAUGGAUUCCUCCAGAAACUUAAUGGAUUCCCCUGGAAGAAACUAUAGAGGCACACAAGCAGUGGGUUCCCCUAGUUUCUCUCGUCACAGGCGUCGAUGAGCCAGGCACUACUUGGUAAUUACAAGUUUUGAUUGUUUUUCAGUUUUUUUUUUUUUUUUUUUGUAUGUGCAAUUGUAAUAUAUUUAUUCAAAAGAAAUCCUUAUUCUUUCCUCUUCAUGAUAUUUUCUUUCUUAUUUCCUUUAUUUUAUUGGGUGAGAUGGAGUGGGGUUGGGCUAUAUUCUGUCAAAUUUCUGACAUAUCGCAACUCCAAGUAUUGGAUUAUGGUUCUUUGCUAGUACUGGAAAUGUGACCGGAAAAAACCAUGGUUAUUGCAA